AUGACGUCACAGAUUUUUGAUAAUAUAUCGAAGAUGACACUGGCAAUGUUCGCACGUGUGACUUUCUAUCCAUCAUUAUUCUAUAAUGUUUUUAUGGAGAGAGUGUCAGCUCGACAAUGGUACAAUCGAAUCGAUGAAAAUGUCAUAUUAGGCGCUCUUCCAUUCCGAUAUAUGGUGCCAGAGCUGCUGAAAAAAGAGAACAUCAAAGGAGUUGUGUCGAUGAAUGAAGAUUAUGAGUUAUGGUUUCUAUCGAAUAAUGCUGAGCAAUGGAAAGAUGUAGGAGUGAAAUUUCUACAACUUCCAACGACAGAUAUCUUUGAAUCUCCAAAUCAAGAGAAGCUUAAUAAUGGAGUUAAUUUCAUGAAUUCAUUCCUGACGAAAGAGUCAAAAAUCAAGGACUUAUCGCUAAGUCAUAGCAAUAAUGAUACAAAUGAGAUUGGAACCGUUUAUGUUCAUUGUAAGGCAGGCAGGACGCGUUCAGCAACAUUAGUUGGUUGUUAUUUAAUGAUGAGGAAUAAGUGGAGUCCAGAACAAGCAGUAGAACAUAUGAGAAAUUGUAGACCGCACAUACUCUUACAUAGAGCUCAAUGGGAAGCACUUAGAUUGUUUCAUAGAGAUAAUGUAAAAGGAACAAAGACGUGA